AAUCGUUUCAACCCACUUGCACAAAUGAUAUUGUAGUGCACUGUAGUACAAUCAAAAUAACAUACUUGUAGUGUCAUUAUUUUUCAAAAGGUUAUGCUUGAUAAUUAUACGCGACAGCAACAUUGUUAAUCAUGGAGAUGACGUGGAAACUUGUGCUUAUCGUCAAUGUGGGAAUUUUGGUACUUUAUACGAUUGGUUUAGGUAUACUGUCCGUUCAGGAAUCAACAUUAACUGAGCCUAUUCCAGCUGAAUCUACACAAUCAGAAUAUCAGAUGUCAGUUAUAAAACAAGAAACAAAAGAGAAAAUAUCUACAGCCGCUAGAUUAAUACACAAAGCCAAUAAACAUGUCCGAGGGUCAAAAACAUCCGGUUUUCUUAAAGACGCAUUACAUGUGAUAAAACUUAUAAUGAAAGAGUUGGCUGUUGACGAAAAAGCUUUAUUUGAAAGGUCUAGUGUAAAAUCUAAAAGCGUUUGCCCAGAAUCUUAUAUGGGCGGUGCAUUUGGUUUCCCGUUGUAUUACAAAGGGUUUGAGGUUGACAAAUGUAACUAUACUGUGCCGUUAAAUAAGCUUGUAACAGUGAUAAAAUAUAUUGACAUAAAACAGAAUGAAUUAAAAUCUGCAUCUGAUGAAUUGAAUAGAUUCGUUGCCUCGGUACAUAAAACUAUAAAUAGUAUACACACUUUGAUUGCUAUUAAUUCCGGAAGCGGUGCAAUAAAUUUGACCGACAAAUACCCGCAUGUUAGUUUAUUACAAACAAAAUAUAAAAACGAGGGAUUUGCUCUCAACAGUUUAGCUAAGCAAGUAAAAACACCUUAUGUUCUAAUUGCAAGAGGUGUGGAAUUCUUUACCAAUGAUUCUAGAUUAGAAAGGAUGGUCCGAGAACUAGAAAGUUUAAAUGUUGUCGCAGUAGGAGGGGCCUUCCGUUAUCCAAAUGGACAUUGGCAUAAAGGUUGCUAUCAGUUGAUGUAUAGAAACUACACUUUAAAGUAUAUUUCUGGAUACGACGAAUCGUUCCACGAGUGCCUGUUCUGUGAUUACAUACAAGGACCUUUCUUAACUUCUUCUAAAUAUUUGAAAAGUAAUGUAUUCGGUGAUUUUAAUGAGAACAAUGGGCUGUAUGAAGACUGGUUUCUUAGAAUUUUUAAAAAGAAAGAAGAAACAGUAAUAUGUCCCGAUUCAAUGUUUCAUAUGCAAAACCAAGAUAGCGUUAAGGCUGAUCCCAUGACCGGCUUUUUGCAGAAGUGGGGCUUGUUUAAAAUGGUGACAGCGGAAGGGAGAACACUAGUUCGGGAUUGUAGAAAUCAGAGAAUUCGAGGUAGAAAGUCACUUGCAGCAUCACCGUGCGCUUUGAAAUCAAACAACAAUGCUGUAAAAACUCUCAUGCGGAAAUGUGUGGAAGUUGGAAUAACUUGUGAAUUACAGGAGGGCACUGCACUUGGAGCAGCCAAGUUCGGAAGAUCUCUGCCUUGGGAAAAAGAUUAUGAUAUAAGGUUUUCAUUUGAAAGUUGUUCCAAAUGCAAACAAUUAGAGCAAGCAUUUAAAAAAGCAAAUAUAACAUAUGCCACUUUCGCAUCAAAUUGUUGUACUAAAAAACUUAAGUUAGGCGGUAGCAAAAAUUACAAAGUAACAGUAAAUGGAUACAUGGGUGACUUCACAGGUCAUCCCAUAAUGGGAAGUGAUGACCCUGUCAGGGAUGGUUUAGAGCCUACAAAAGUGCUCUAUGACGGACAAUGGGUUAAUAUUGCUCGGAAUCCAGGACUUUUUGUACGAAACAGAUAUGGUAAAGAAAUAUAUCGCCAUGCUGAACACUGGUCAUAUAGUGGUAUUAAAGGGGCUCGCGACAUAUUAGAAUAUCAGACAAAUAUAUUUCAUCGUUGUACUUCACAAGGUGCUCACAACUGCUUGGAUAGGUACAAUGCUGAUGGAAAUUUACAAUUUACAGAAUUACUCCCAUAGUGCAACACAAAUAAUUAUAACAAUGUAGGUUAGCACAUUUCAUUCCAAAUCUUUUCAUGGAUUUUCACCAAUAUUUGAAAAACGCAGCUUGGGUAAACGUGGUACUAUUUACAAAAUUUAUUAAACUCAAGACAAUCUUUAUAAAGUACAUCUCUUUGGCUACAAAGGUAUAAAGAUAUGCAAUUUACUAGUUAAGAAACUGUUAUAUUUGUUCAUAUAAACUGUUUAUGACACUUCAUUUGUUAUUUUAGCAAAUGCCGAUAGAACAUGCUUUCGUGAAUUGUGUCACGUUUUGUUUCGGGUGUCAUUUUCAUACUGCUGUUAAUAACUAAUGACAUUUCAUGGAUAAUAGGAACUUAAAGUAGUACUUACCCCACUUGCAAUAGUAUCAAAGUUAUUACAUUAAUCUAAAAUAUUCGAUGCGGUCUAUAAAUUUUGUUCAGUGUUUUUGCGUUGGUAAUAUUUUAGAAAAAGAUAUAUUAAUGAUAAAAGACUUGUGCACGUAUGGAUUAAAUAAAAAAUAAAACAAAAAUAGAAUUGCUCU